AUCAAACCGCUGCUCGUCCGCGCGCCGCCGAAACGCCGAGCCGACAAUGGCAGAACUAGUCGGUCCUCUCCGAAAACAGCUCGCUGACUCCCUCUCCUCCUGCCGGGUGCUGGUGGUCGGGGCGGGAGGCAUCGGCUGCGAGCUCCUGAAAAACCUGGUGCUCACUGGCUUUAAGAAUAUUGAGGUGAUUGACCUGGAUACUAUUGAUGUCAGCAACCUCAACAGACAAUUUCUGUUUCAGAAGAAACAUGUUGGAAAGUCUAAAGCUCAGGUUGCCAAGGAGAGCGUGCUUCGGUUUUGUCCAUCUGCGAACAUCACUGCCUAUCAUGACAGCAUCAUGAACCCAGAUUACAAUGUGGAGUUCUUCAGGAAUUUCCAGCUUGUAAUGAAUGCUUUGGACAACAGAGCGGCCAGAAAUCAUGUAAACCGAAUGUGUUUGGCGGCUGACAUUCCCCUCAUCGAGAGUGGCACGGCUGGCUAUCUGGGACAAGUCACAGUUAUCAAGAAGGGUCAGACAGAAUGCUACGAGUGCCAGCCUAAACCAACACAGAAAACCUUCCCAGGUUGCACCAUUCGCAACACCCCCUCUGAACCUAUCCACUGCAUUGUGUGGGCCAAAUAUCUCUUCAAUCAGCUGUUUGGUGAGGAGGAUGCAGAUCAGGAAGUAUCGCCCGACACUGCUGACCCUGAAGCCGCCUGGAAUCCUGCAGAUGCAGCAGCUCGAGCCACAGCCUCCGAUCAGGAUGGAGACAUUAAACGAGUGUCCACUAAAGAGUGGGCUCGUUCUACAGGCUACGACCCCAUCAAACUCUUCAACAAGCUUUUUAAGGAUGACAUCAUGUAUCUACUGACCAUGGAUAAGUUGUGGAAAAAAAGAAAAGCCCCGUUACCACUAGAAUGGGAGGAAAUCAAGCAGCUUGCAGGUUCUCAGGAGGAGGUGAUUGGCUCGGGACUGAAGGACCAGCAGGUUUUGGGAGUCCAGGGUUAUGCUCAGCUCUUCCAGCACAGCGUAGAAACUCUGCGAUCUCAGCUGAAAGAGAAGGGUGACGGUGCAGAGCUCAUCUGGGACAAGGACGAUCCUCCAGCCAUGGACUUUGUUACAGCAGCUUCAAACUUGCGCAUGAAUGUAUUCAGCAUGAACAUGAAAAGCCGCUUUGAUGUCAAAUCCAUGGCAGGCAACAUCAUUCCAGCAAUAGCCACCACUAACGCCGUCAUUGCCGGUCUCAUUGUUCUGGAAGCGCUAAAGAUUCUCAAUUCAGACUUUGAACAGUGUCGCACGAUCUUUCUAAACAAACAGCCAAACCCCAGGAAAAAGCUGCUCGUCCCGUGUGCACUGGACCCUCCAAAUGCCAGCUGUUAUGUUUGUGCCAGCAAACCCGAGGUCACAGUAAAGCUUAACGUGCACAAGACCAUGGUGCAAGCUCUUCAGGACAAGAUACUGAAGGAGAAGUUUGGCAUGGUGGCACCAGAUGUGCAGAUUGAAGAUGGAAAAGGAACAAUCCUUAUCUCUUCAGAAGAAGGAGAGACCGAAGCAAACAAUAACAAGUUUUUGUCUGACUUCGGGAUUCGGAAUGGGAGCCGUCUUCAAGCAGAUGACUUCCUACAGGAUUACACUCUUCUGGUCAAUGUAAUUCACAGUGAGGAGUUGGAAAAGGAUGUUGAGUUUGAAGUAGUCGGUGACGCCCCGGAUAAAGCGCCUGCUCCAAGUGCCCCGGAAGAAGGGAAAAACAUUGCCAAUGGGAAUAAAGAUUCUGCCCAGCCAUCUACCUCAUCGAAAGCAGCUGUAGAGGAUGAUGAUGUCCUUCUCGUAGACUCCGAUGAAGAGCCAUCAUCGAGCACCAUGGACACAGAGUCCAGUAACCGAAAGAGGAAACAUCAUGAUGCUGAAACGGACGAUGCUUCAUCUAAGCGCAAACGCCUGGACCAGCAGCCGGCCGAUGAUGAUGAUGAAGACAUCAUCGCUCUAGACUAGAGUCUUUGACAAGAUUUCACCUGCCUACAAUACAGGAUUUUCCUCCAGUUCAGUUUUUUUGUACGGUUUCUCUUACCAAACAUGUAAAUAUAUCUGUACAAAAUGGUUCAAGCUCAAUGGAUGUCGUCUUUUCCUUUCUCUAUAUUUUUUUGGGAACAGAAAACCGCUGAGAUAUGAACUUCAAUCGGUUAGCUUUUCCUCGGAUGGACAAAACGGCUUUUUAACUCGGUAUUUUUUACAAUGUGUGUCCUCGUGUUUUAGAAAAGCUGACAACAAGUGCUGACGGUAUUUUCAUCUUGGAAACACCAUAUUCCAUAUUUAUUACAGGUUGUUUUUGUUGCCAACCUCAGUAAUAUUUCAAAGUCAAAUCAUUUUACGGUAACACUGUUACUGUAUGAUGGAUUGCUUAUCUUGUUGCUUUGCUUCAGCAUCAUAAUGAAAAAUAUUGUGACUUCUUUUUUAAAAAUACACUCAAGCCAACCGUUUA